AGUUGCGUCACGCGCGUCUCCAUGGAGACCAACGACAGCUCGACGCUCGCCUUCUUCUAAUAAGGUGAGCGCGCGUUCACAAUCAAUUAAAAUAAAAUUAAACUUCAAACUAGGUAAAAAAAAUUAAUAAAUAAAGGGCUGUACUUGUAUGGCAGACUAUCACAAAUGUAUUUAAAUGUAUGUGGUCUAAAUUCAAAUUCAAUGUCCGUUGAGAACGACUGCAUAAUUAUUAGCCUGUUAUUUAGCCUAAGCAAAAAUAAGACUAUAAAAACAGUUGUAAAAUUGCCGGACAACGGAUUACAUUGGUUGCCAACUAUAAUAGCAAGUCAACUAAUUACUUUUGGAGGAAAAACAAUUUCAUUGGUUAAUUUUAACAAAAUAUCGAAAUAUUAAUCUGGCAUUUUGUAUGUCGUUGCGGCUGCAUUUUAUAAAAACUAAUGCGCGUUCUUCAUGACAGAAAAGCAGCAUAGCGGCGUUAUGGCCAGUAAAGGCAAGGAUUUUUCUUGGUGGACAGACGCCCCUCAUUUUCAGCACAUGCUUCGGGCGUCUGGGCAAGCUGAGGUCUGGUGCGAUCCUACCGACGAGGCUAAAUUUCGUCAGUAUGGUUGGCGAUGUUCAACUAAUGAAGACUCUUACUCAAACGCCACCCUCAUUGGUAACUGGUCAGAAGAGAGGUCUGAUAGUCGCCGUGCUGUGGCGUUACGACGCCCUCUUCCGCAUCAGUUCUCUCACUACUUUGAAACCACAUAUCAUUCCAGCUACAAGAAAGACAGCGUUCGGCCGAUUUACGCAAUCCCGAAGAGAGAGUCAAGAAGCUUCCCCGGCCACCAACCGGAGCUGGACCCUCCAGGAACGAACUGUGUGCCAAACUCCUGCUACAGACUGGACUUUAAAGGCCCACAACAUAGAGAAGAAACAGUUCAGGGCCUCGGCGCAGGGCUGGAGCAGAAACAAACUGAAGCCUUUGGCAGAGAAACUUGACUCCUAAAAAUGACAUGAACUUCAGCAGCCUCCGACUCGCUUCCGUGAGUGAAUCAUUGUCAAAUAUUGACUAAAACUAUUCAAAUAUCU